CCGUCAUCAUCAGCUGAAUCUCAACCGAGCCUCGUUAUAAUUUUCCCGUGGAUGUACUUUGGUGAGACAUUAUCUCGAGUAAUUUCCGGAGCAUAAGUGUCAUCAAUUUGUCUGUUCAGCCAUGAACUUGUUGAAAAAUAUAGUUAAUCUGCGGGGAUGGAAGCCCAGGAGAGCAGGGUGCUUGUAUAACAGCCAGAGAGCUAUGAGUGCUUCAGAACCAGAACAUCUAGAGCCAGCCAAUUUCAAGCCACAGAAAGUACUGAUUCUCACCAAAUUGUCAAGAUAUGAGUUUGAAAAGCGUCGUCACCCAGAGUUGACUGAGAGACAACUAGAGAGAUGCCUUAGAAACAGAGGCUCAGACUAUAAUAUGUUACUCUACCACCACUACAUCCACAAGGGUGUUGAAAAUACAGUAAACAGUGUAUUCCGAGCAGCUGGCAUUGAAACCAAAGUGGUGUAUCGAUUUGACUACUCAGACCCCAACAUCGAAUGGGCAGAUGCCAUAGUGACUACAGGAGGUGAUGGAACCUUCCUUCUUGCAGCAUCUGGUGUUCUAGAGAGAAACAAACCUCUAAUAGGGUUCAAUUCUGAUCCCAUGAGAUCGAAAGGACAGCUAUGUCUCCCACAGAAGUACUCAGUGGAUGUGAAGGAGGCAAUUGAUAAGCUAUUAAAGGGAAAGUUUCGCUGGACCUUCAGAAGCAGAAUUCGUGUCACACUUAUUGGGGAAAAUAUCUAUAGACCACCAGUGGAAUUGCAUGACCAGCAGUUGUUACAUCCUGAGUACAGAUACCUCGACAUGGACUUGCAAUUACGUACGCUGAAGGAAAAUACACCAUCAACAGAUGAGUCUGGAUUACCUAGACGAGUACUACCCGUCCUUGCCCUUAAUGAGGUUUUCAUUGGCGAAUGUGUGUCAGCAAGAGUGUCGUAUUUGGAGUUGAGUUUUGAUCGUAACAAGGGGAUCAAACAGAAGUGUUCAGGACUCAUUGCCAGCACAGGGACGGGCUCAACCUCAUGGACUUAUAAUGUGAACAAGUUAACAGAACAGAAUAUGGAAGAAAUCCUCACUAUUGUGAAGGAGGAGACAGGCUUUCCCAUCCGCGAUACAGAUCCUCUAUUUGUACAGAAGAUUACUAAUAAGUUUAAUGAGAUGCUAAUCACAAAUCCAGAGGAGCCACGUAUGGUGUACACUAUAAGGGAUCAACUGGUUUCUUCACCCAUGAGAAGUGAAUGUGUCAAACCUCGGGGAUUCGCGAGGUCAAUAGCUGUAAAGUCUCGUUGCUUUGAUGCUUCUCUGGUGAUUGAUGGGGGUCUGUCCUUCACCUUCAAUGAUGGGACGCGAGCCCUUCUGGAGAUUCAUGAUGUGGACGCUCUCCGGACAGUGACCCUGCAUGAGGAUCCUACAGAAGUUUCCUUCAAGCACUGAAAGAAAUGUUUUGUUGUUUACAAACCGAAGACAGGAAAGGUUUUUGGUAAUAAGAAGGAAAAAUAACAGAAUUUUUUAAUAUUAACUUGAUAUGUGGUGCUCAUUGUCUAGUCAUACUGGGACAGAGUAAGUGUUUAUGACAUUUUGACAUAAGCUUAGUACAAGUUGUCUUCAUUGUCAGGUAAAAGGAGUAUUAUUCAGGAAAAUGGAAUGUGGAAAUAUCUUGCUGUUAGUGAAUACUGGAGCUUGCAAUGAAAGGGAAAUAUGUAGGUAGAUUUAAGUCAGGGUUGUAUAUAAAUAUCUCUGUGAUUAUUAAACUCUCACUUAGACAUUGUCACAAAUGAUAAGCACCUUAUUUGGUUAUUGAGCAAUAGUUGAGAGCUGUUUUGUAGCAGCAUUAUGCUUUGUGUAAUAGGUAAUUUGGUUUAUAUGUACAUAUAGCUUUAGUACAGAAUUUCUUUCUUACAUGAUUGCAUAUUUAUUUAGUGGACAUUUACAUUAUGAAUCUAUGACUUGUGAUUAUUGUUUUGCUCAUUAGUUUUUACUUAUAGAGAGAGAAUUGUGGGCAGAGUUGUACAUGCUUUAUAGAUAUACUAUAACCCUUCAAUUUUCAGUUACAGCUUCUGUAAUUUUAUCCCUAUAACAUGAAAUGCACACUUCACUUUUCAUACAGAGAACAGGGCAAGCAUAUCUGAUUCAGUAGGUUACUAGUAUCAUUGACAGUAUUAUUGACAUGAGACACUUUUCUUCCCAACUUUUGAUACACUGCAUUAAGUGGUAUGGAAUUUAAAUUAUAGCUGUUUAUUCCAGAUUGCCAUAUUUCACCAGGGUAAACUUCUUUCUGCCAAUAUACAUAGUAGAAUAUGCAUUUGUUUUUGUUAUGUCAUUAUGUUAUGAUAUUUCUGUGUAUGAAUAACUAUAUAUAGAUGUAUAGCAGCAGGGUAUAUUGGUGGUGUAAAUUAUUACCAAAGCAAACACUUGUUUUUUUGUUAACUUACCAUAAAAAGGUUUAUAUCUCCAAGCAGAGAGUUGUUACAAGAAGAGACAAAUGCAGUUUCAGUAAACUAUAUAAUACAGCACAUGCUUAUGGGAGAAAAUUAGUUCAUGAGUUACUUUUCGUACACUUUAAGAUGCAAAUUUUGUCCUUAUUUAUUUUGUUGUGUUCAGAGCACAGUAAUGCGUGGCAUUUUUGUUCUAAUACAUCCUUUUUCAUCUAUUUCAUUAAUCUUAUUCAUACAGAUUCAUGACCAGUUUCAACUUUUGCUCAUAAAUAGCAACUUGGACAAUAUGAUAUAUAAUAAUGUUUAUUGUCAGGAAGUUUUUCAUGUUCUUUGGGACAUUGGUCUCAUAUGCUUCCAGUUGUACAGAAAACCAAGUGUAAGACAUGGAUUGAAGACAAGCUGUAUCUCGAUGGAAAUCUGGGAAGGAAUAACAGUUCACCGUACUGUGAUGUUUUCACUCAGUCAUUACACACAAAGAUCAUUAUAUCUCUGUUUUAUCAAUUUCUAAUUCUUUAUGUAAUUUAGUACAUAGUUUAUGCUUCUUAUCAAAACCACAUUAAACUUACACCAGUCCCUCCAAACCUUCAUUCCAUUUUCUUUCAUAUUUUGUAGAUUAUCAUUAUUAAGUGAAAGGCCUUCUCCAUGAACCUUGCUCUGCCUCAGAAUGUCUGGUCACAUGUAUUCUGGUAUUGAUUAGUUAGGUCACCUUCCCAUGAGUAAUUUAUAACUCAGGUUGUAUUCUAGUGGUUAAUGCUGUUAUAUAUUUAGUCACACACACACACACACACACACACACACACACACACACACACACACACACACACACACACACACACACACACACACACACACACACACACACAUACAUAUAUA